AUGAUGCUACGAAUAACUAACGUGCUAAGCGUAUCACUAAUAACAAUGACGUACGGACAAAUGGGUGGCUCACCGGAACCAGGUGAUCCAACAAAUCAAGAGUUGGCACUUCUGGACUGGACUUCGGGAAUCCGUGUCAAUUACUGCACUGAUGCACCUAUCGAUCUUCUUGUGGAGCCUUUCAAGAAAGCUCUCACUGAAUCGCUGAACAAAUACUGCCGGAAUGCAACUGCUUGCCGACUUCACAAAUCAGCACUAUUCACACGAGAUCAUAUUGUUUUGCUGGACGGAUAUCCCAGGCGUGAUUAUGGUGCUGUGCAAUUUCGGUUCGUUGUGGUCUUGCCACCGGAUGCAGUGCCAAUGGAUCGUCACCUCAGGCAACCGCUUCUUACAAGAAAUAUCCUCUCCGGUAAUUUCCUUUUAAAAGUUGAUUUUUUUAAAGUUUUUUUUUGA